GCUAUCUUUCAGUAUCGCCAGUGAGAUGUGAUUGCGGUGUGACAUUUCAAUUAUAAAGACAUUUAAUAAAAAUUUAAAAUGUUGUUCUAAAAUUCGCCCCACGGAUUGUGAUCGUGUUUUGUUUGUUUCGUACAAAAAAAAAAAAUUCUUAAGUCGUCAAAAUGAAAGGGAUAGUCUUAGGCUUGAUAGCUCUACUUGCAUGCUCUGGAUUUAGUUCUGCAUUCAACGAACAUAAUGAUUCCAACAACAAUAUGUGGCAAACAAUUACUAACAGUAAUGGCGAGGACGUGCUCAUAUCUAUGGAGCUGAUGAGGAGGUUGGAGGAGGAGCGGGAGACCUGGCAUGUGAGGCCCUGGAUCCGAACCAAGACCGAAGUGUUAGAGGGAAUCGUCCACGAGGUCACGUGUUAUGCUAUAGAGCCUAACAGUUUUCCCCAAUCACCAUUCGACGAUGAUCAGUUGAAAAAAGGCGCCUUUCUUCUAUAUGCGCUGUUCGGUAUCUAUGCGUUCACCCUGCUUGCCAUCGUCUGCAACGACUUCUUCAUCCCGUGCGUCGAACUCAUUUGUGAGGACCUCAAGAUACCACAGAAUGUGGCGGCGGCUACCUUCAUGUCGGUGGCCACCUCUUGCCCAGAGUUCUUCGUUAACGUGAUUUCCACGUUCCUGACCGAGUCCGACAUGGGAAUAGGGACUAUUGUUGGCUCCGCCAUAUUUAAUGCCCUCGGGGUUGCUGCUAUCGGAGGCCUCGCUGCAGUGUCGCCGAUCGCUAUAGAGAGUAGGCCAGUGACCAGGGACGUGAUAAUAUACAUGGUGAACGUGAGUGUGCUGGUGGUAAUCGUUUGGGACUCUCAGGUCGACUGGUAUGAAGCCGUAGUGUUAGGAGUCCUCUAUGUGUUGUACUUCGUGCUCAUGUUCAACAGCGUCCGACUGUUCGAUGUCUACGACAGGAUGGUUGCACGAUGCUGCGGAAAAAGCCAAUCCUCGGAUUUGACCGUUGUUGUAAAUGGAGGUGUCGAUGAAGGAAAUGUUAACAAAGGCUUUGACGAUAAUCUCAGAUCGAAUGGAUUGUCCGAGAUUGAUAAAGUGGCUGUGGUAGACGAAGUUUUAGUCGAAGAUACUGAUCAAAAGACACCGAAAAGUAUUUGGAAGCUACCUAAAGGGAAAUCUGUUGCGUACACCAUUUGGUGGUUUUAUUCAUGGCCUCUGAAGCUGAUUCUCAAUAUCACCAUACCUUCACCAAUCAAAUAUAGAAAGUUUUACCCUUUGGCUUUCAUAAUGUGCAUAAUAUGGAUCGGUGUUAAUUCAUAUUUUGUUUCUUGGAGUAUGACAGUCAUGGGCGAAACAUUUCUGAUUCCUGACUCCGUAAUGGGUAUGACUUUCCUUGCGUUCGGUGGCUGUCUGCCCGAGGCGUGUUCGAUCUACAUUAUGUCAAGACGAGGUGAAGGAGGUAUCGGCGUGUCCAACGCUCUGGGGGCUAACUCCCUCGCUAUCCUGUUCGCGCUGGGGGUGCCCUGGUUGAUCAAGACACUGACGCUGCUGGCACAGGGCGCGGAGUUGACUGCAGUCGAGAUCGACUCCAAUGGCAUCGACUUCGUGAUAGCCUCACUCCUUGUGGCCGUCGCCUGCCUGUGGCUCACCUUAUUCAUAGGCAAAUUCAAACUCAGGAAAAGUGUCGGUUUUGUACUCGCAGUUUUGUACGUCGUUUUCAUUACAUUCGCAAUCCUCACCGAAUUGGGGGUGAUUCUGGACAUAGAUCGGAUGGCAAGGUGUUUGUUCUAAGUUGUUGUUCUACUGUGUGUCAACAAUAUAUAUACUCGUUAUGUUUAAAUUCUGUGAUGCCUACAUUUUUAGGAAGUUACGAAGUGGCUUUUGAAUGAAAUUCGUUCUUGAUGUGGUCUAUUGUGGUCAUACACUUAUCUGUAGUUACUCUAGUUCUACGCAAAUAAUACUGUAUUUAAUUAUCAAGAUGAGUUUGAUUGCUGAUAGCAUUAGAGAUUAGAGUAAUUAAUAUUCUUAUGAAUACCUGUUGGGUAAUAUUGAGCUAAUCUUAUGAAAUUUUUAAUAUCAUUUAUAAUACCUAUACCAGAUAGACUUUGUACAAUACAGUAUAUUUGUAAUAAAUGCCUCAUGUGGCAAUGAAGUAUGGGAAAAUAGAUUAGAUCUGACUAAAUAAUACUUACCGACCCAAAUAUAUAUGUAAUUACAUAAAAAGAUUUAGACACAGCACGUGUUAAAACAUAUGUUAGUAAUGUCAUCGACUUGAUUGAAACAAAAAAUAUCGCAAGGGAACUCGGAAGGGAAUAAAAUUCUUUCGGUGAAGUAUUAAGAGUAAAUCAAUUACAAUAAUUAGCAAGUACACGGUAGGUUGUGAUAUGGUACUUACCUACACUGUCUUAUAAUAUUAUGAGACAGUGUGUUUUAAUAACGUUUAUCUUACGAGUUACAUAAAGAGUUACUUUUGAGUUUUAAUUAAGAAACGUAGGCAUAAGAUACAACAGAAGUAUGUUUUUUUAUUUUCUUUAUCUACAAAUUAAUUUUUCAUACAGUUACCCAAUAAUUUUCUAAAGAUACUGUUGUCUAUUAAUGGUACAUAAUUGGUUUCAGUAUUUCAUUUGGCAGUUCAGUUAACCGAUAAUAAAUUGCGCUAGUGGAAUUAUGGCUGAAAUCUCACCUAUCAGCUGUCAAGGCAUUUUAUACCUUAUAAGUCGUACGAUACAAUACAGUAGGAUAUCUAUUAGUUGUCUUAUUCCAUAGCCAAACCUUAAGCGGUAACUUAUUUGUCUACGUUGCUCAAAUGUAUGAUUCAUGUCCAAUCCUUCGUCUGAUAUACUAUCUAGGCAUUAAACCUCGAUAUAGAUCAAUGACUGAUUUGUUAAUAGAUUUUACUUGAACAUCAAUCAUUUUCUUUCUUUUAUAAAUGUUAAUAACAGCGACAAAUUUGCUACAUGUGUACAUUAUAUAUAUUAUGCGCACAUAGAUUACUACUAGUAUGCUUAUAACAUAUGUAGGUAUUUACUGUGAAUGGUGCGAUGAAGAAAUGAUCUAUAUUGUGUUAGUAUCUAUAAUAUUUUUAAUUUAAGACUAGUAUAAGACACGUUAAUAUAUUAAUAUACCUAACCUAGUCUACUUCAUUAUUAUUGUAUUGGUAACAUACUUUAUGAAGAGUUAGUUUUGUUAACAUAAAGACACAUAAAAUAUCAA